GCGAGGACCGCGGGGGCGGCCGCGGCGUAGCGUGAGGCUGCGCGCUUGCUGGCGGCCAGAAGCGACGACGCGGGGUCGACAUGGAAGUGAAGGAUGCCAAUUCUGCGCUGCUCAGUAAUUAUGAGGUGUUCCAGUUACUGACUGAUCUGAAAGAGCAACGGAAAGAAAGUGGAAAGAACAAACACAGUUCUGGGCAACAGAACUUGAAUACUAUCACCUAUGAAACAUUAAAAUAUAUAUCAAAAACACCAUGCAGGCACCAGAGUCCUGAGAUUGUCAGAGAAUUUCUCACAGCAAUGAAAAGCCACAAGUUGACCAAAGCUGAAAAGCUUCAGCUGCUGAACCACAGGCCUGUGACUGCUGUUGAGAUCCAGCUGAUAGUAGAAGAGAGUGAAGAACGGCUCACAGAGGAGCAGAUCGAAGCCCUCCUCCACACGGUCACAAGCAUUCUGCCUGCGGGGCCAGAAGCUGAACAGAAGAAAAAUACAGAUGAUGUGACAAUGGACGAAGAGGACCCAGCAUAGGGGAGCACAGCUGGACCAUCCGCCUCAUGAAGCUGAAAGGCCCAGCAGCCCUUUCCCAGACAUUCAGAGGGUUGUUCAUUUGAUGGUACCCUCUAUCCCCACAGCCUGAUUUCAUGAUUAGUUGGGAUAAAUCACAAAAAUAAGCUAAGAAGAAGUACUUGUGCUUCUGGGAAAUGAAACAUGGCAAAGACAGGCUGAGGUGGUCAGGCCAGAGAGCUAAAGAGAGGAGGACAGAGUCAAAGAGGACAAUGACUGUGUAACCCUCUGUGGUCAAAAUAUUUCUUCUGUGGCCUUUGCCACAGUUGUGGGAAGGCCCUCUACACAGCUGGUAAAGUACUUGUGUUGCCUUUGAUGGGCUGUGUCCUAAUUAGUUUCAUCUGCUUCCCUAGGAGCUUCCCAAGCGGGGGCUCUGAGCACUGUUGGGAUGAAAGCAGAGUUAGGAGAAUCCUGUUAGAUGACUAGGAACUCCCAGAGCAGCAGAUAGUUGCUUUUGGUUAAAAUGAGCCACUGAUCUUGGCUCACCUUAGGGGAAUCUUUUCCUGAGAACGUCAGAGAUAAGAGAAGAACAGCCUUGCUAACCCUUCAUCGGGUCUGAAGACACGUAUCCUUUGCUGGCAGUGGUGGUGUUUACCAGCUCGCUGUUCAGUCUUAAAUGUUUGGGUACCAGCCCAUUCCAGUUGAAAAGCGGCACUCCAGACCGAAUGACUGUGCAACAGAAGAGCAAUGUUGGGUGCCUUUCUCAUGACCUUCAGCUUCCUGCCCUGAGACAGGAGCCCUGAGUAGACGCCGUGUGUCGAGUCCAGGUGAGCUUCAUUUGCAUGAUGGGCAAAUUGUUUGCAUCUUUUGAAAGGGGACAGUUAUAGAGUUCUUCAUGGAUAGAAUAUGGAGAACUGGAGGUUGAUGAAUAAGAAUUUGAAUUUGUUGGCUGUUGCAAGGUUGCAUCUGUUUUUUAAUUUAAAAUAUUAGGAUAAUUACCAUGUGAAGAGCUUGUUGAUACUGAGGCUUUGGAGAGUUCAGUAGCUCCAGAUGUGUGGUUGCCCUAGUCCUGGGAAUAUUGCUGAAAAUUAAUUUCCUGCAUUCGCUGUGCUCCCGACUUGGGGAAGAAAAUGCCCACAGACACUAAUUUUCCAAAUUGGUACUCAUUUCGUUAUAAGAUCACAUAUUUUCAGCGCUGCUGUUGGAUGACUCCCCACCCCGUUGAAACUCCCAGGUUAUCUCAGCCUCCCUACCAUCCCUGCCAGUUGCACCCCUGUCAUUCCUAACCUCUGAGGAUCACCUGAGAUGUGUUUACAGGCAAAACUGGAAUUCACAGGGCUUUUAUUUUUAAAUCUCUCUUCUGUAUUGGAAAUUUUGCCAGGAAUUGUUGAUUUUUCUUGUCAAGGCAUCACACGGGUAACUGUCACUGUUUCAUUUUAACUGUGAGUGUGUUUGAUGUAUUUUCUUAAUGGAUUAAUUUAAUUAAUAAAUUGUUUCCAAGUGA